AUGAGUAGCCUCAAAGACAGAGGAUGCUUUCCAGAAGGGUUCCGAAUCAAGAUCAGCAAAUACAAACAAAAUCCAAGGAAAAUGUUCAUCGGAGGGCUCUCCCGCCAUACCAGUAAUGGAGCUCUUCUGGAAUACUUGGCUCAAUUUGGAGAGGUGCUUGAUUCUGUCAUCAAAAUUUAUCCAGACUCCGGACUGUCAAGAGGGUUUGGAUUUGUGCUUUUCGAAGACCCUGCUACUGUUGAAAAGGUACUCCAAAUAAAAGAACACCAACUGGAAGGUAAGAAAAUAGAGUUCAAAAGGGCUAAAGCCAUACAACCAGCAUCACCCCCAAGAAAGAUUUUUGUUGGUGGGUUGAGCCCUCAUAUGCCUGUGGAAAACGUUAGAGAAUAUUUUUCUAUAUUUGGAGAGGUUGAGAAAAUCGAGCUUCCUCUGUAUCCAAGAUCAAGUAAAAGACAAGCUUUUGGCUUCAUCACAUAUAGUGAUGCAGAUUCACUACAGCACCAAUUUGGGAAAGAUACUCCAAGCACUGGGUUUGGUUACCCAGUAGCAGGAGAUGGUGGCUUCCAUUCUGAACCAACCGAUUAUGGAGCCAGUCAAGGCAUCUUUGGGGCAGACCCAAAUGUUUCCUUUGACAUGUUCAGUGAUAGCAUUGAUCUUCCUACAAUGUUUAUGUCUGUCCCCUUUGAGGACCCCACUGAAGGCGAUGACUUCUCUCAUCAAAUAUAUGGAAAUUUCCUGAACAUCUACAAUGAUGAGCUACUUUUUCGUCCUGAUGAUGGUUAUCUCUAUGGAUACAGCUAUGAAGGUUGUGACUUAAGACCUAAACUUCCUAGUUAUGAUGUACAAGUAAACCAGGUCAAUUCCUCUGGUGCUGAAUGCCAGAGAUUUUAUCAGCUAUUUUGA